GUUUUGGACUCUAUAUGGACGUACGGAUGAUCAGCUGAUCUGCUGUUUUCGCCUCACCGGCAUGGAGAGAAGAGUCCACAGUUGACUGCGGCGGAAAAAACCUCACCUACUGACAGCGGCGCAUCACAGCCAUCAGAAAGGCUGAUUCUCAAGACAUACAGAGUAAAUGUCUUCUGCGACCUGACCCCUGGAUCAUUCUGCCCAGAUCCUAAUUUAUGUUUUGUGGUGAGGCCAUGACUACCGUCAACAUCACCCGAGAUAUCCUGCACAGGCAGAUCAGGGACAAGAGGGCAUCAGGCUUCCAAAAGUCCUACCAUGUGACUGACCCCUUCAUCAAGAGACUUGGACUGGAGGCUGAGCUUCAGGGCCACACUGGCUGUGUGAACUGUUUGGAGUGGAAUGAAAGCGGAGAUCUCCUGGCCUCGGGUUCAGAUGAUCAACAUGCCAUCGUCUGGGAUCCAUUCAGACACAAGAAGCUUACUACUAUGCACACAGGCCAUGCAGCAAACAUAUUCUCUGUAAAGUUCCUCCCUCACUCCGGUGACAGAAUUUUGAUUACAGGUGCAGCCGACACAAAGGUCCAUGUGCAUGACCUGACGGCAAAGGAAACCAUCCAUAUGUUUUCUGAUCACACCAACAGAGUAAAACGCAUUGCCACAGCACCCAUGUGGCCCAACACCUUCUGGAGCGCUGCAGAGGAUGGCAUCAUCAGACAAUAUGACUUACGGGAGAACAGUAAACGCUCUGACGUGCUCAUCGACCUGACAGAGUUCUGUGGUCAGCUGGUUGAGGCCAAGUGUCUCGCUGUCAAUCCACGGGACAACAACUACAUGGCAGUUGGGGCCAAUGGUCCUUUUGUACGUCUCUAUGAUAUUCGGAUGAUUCACAACUACAGGAAAUCUACGAGUCAAAGCACAUCAGCAGCUGUGCACACUUUCUGUGAAAGACAGAAGCCUAUCCCAGACGGAGCUGGCCAGUAUUAUGUUGCAGGUCACCUACCAGUGAAACUCCCAGACUACAAUAACCGCUUGAGGGUCCUGGUGGCCACCUACGUCACUUUCAGUCCUGAUGGCACUGAGCUACUCGUCAACAUGGGUGGGGAACAGGUGUACCUGUUUGACUUGACAUUUAAACAAAGGCCAUACACCUUCUUACUUCCGAAAAAGUGCCAGUCAUCAACAGGAGAUGUGCAGAAUGGAAAGACAACCAAUGGCAUCUCCAAUGGAAUUCAUUUGCCAACCAACCAUAUUCGAUUUGCUGAAAGCAAGAUGCGAUCAAGUUCCACUGAGCUCCCUCCUAACUUGGAGAAGAUAAAGCAACAAGCUAAUGAUGCGUUUGCGCGGCAGCAGUGGACGCAGGCUAUACAGCUGUACAGUUUAGGCAUUCAUCAGGCCAGCUGUAAUGCCAUGCUCUACGGGAACCGGGCUGCAGCCUACAUGAAACGCAAGUGGGAUGGAGACCAUUAUGAUGCCCUCAGGGACUGUCUGAAGGCUCUAACUCUAAACCCCGGCCACCUGAAGGCUCAUUUCAGGCUGGCACGGUGUCUGUUUGAGCUCAAGUAUGUGUCUGAAGCUCUGGAGUGUCUGGAUGAUUUCAAAGGAAAGUUUCCGGAGCAGGCGCACAGUAGCGCCUGUGAUGCCUUGGAUAAAGAUAUCAAGGCUGCUCUCUUCUCCAAGACAGAAUCAGCAGAAGAUAAGAAGGCCAACAGUUCGAUUAGGUUCCAUUCGUUCAGUCGGAAGGAGUCCAUCCCUGAAGAUGAGCUGGUGCUGCGAGAACGUAGCUUUGACUACAAGCACAGAUACUGCGGUCACUGCAACACCACCACAGACAUCAAAGAGGCCAACUUCUUUGGGAGCAAAGGCCAGUACAUAGUGAGCGGCUCAGACGACGGCUCUUUCUUUAUCUGGGAAAAGGAGACAACCAAUCUGGUGAGGAUCCUGCAGGGAGACGAGUCUAUAGUCAACUGCCUGCAGCCACACCCCAGCUACUGCUUCCUGGCUACCAGCGGUAUCGACCCCGUGGUCCGAUUGUGGAACCCCAGACCAGAGACGGAGAACGAGAAUGGACGCGUGGUAGAGGACAUGGAGGGUGCUGCUCAGGCCAACCAGCGACGUAUGAACGCUGAUCCACUGGAGGUAAUGCUGCUCAACAUGGGCUAUCGCAUCACAGGCUUGCGUGGCGUCGGACCAGAAGGGUCAGACGACGAGGACAGCUCAGAGGGACAAGUACAGUGUCGACCAAGCUAAAGAAGCUGUAAGCCAUUCUGUAGAAUGGAUGUAGGAAGCAAAAAACUCUCCCAGCUCCAGUUUGAAUCUUAAUCCCCCCCUAUCUGACAGAAACAUUGAGUGAAUGUCAUGUCACAUCUCUGCACUAUGCAUUGCCCUCCCCUGUCCUAAUACAGGACAGGUGGAGACCACUUUGGGGAGAGGAAUUCAUUAGGGUGAAGAAGACACCCAUCUCGCCCCUUCAAAGCACCAACAACACCUCAGCCUCUGUCUCCACCCUGUGGUGGCAGGGGGACACCUUUUGAGGAGAGCACCUUCCACGUCACUCCCCAGUUUCUCAUGAAGAAGAAGAUGGAGGAGUUCAGCACUUAUCCCUCCUCAGGUUUAUGUUGGAGAGACACACAAACACGUCGAGGGACAGGCAGCCAGUUGACCUAUUUUCAGGUCAGUGUGGCCACAUAGUCACAGUGUCCUCCAUGGAGGAUAAGAUCUGAUCACAAACCAGAAGACGGUGCUUUGUUGCAUCUCCUGUCUGCCCUACAGCUGGAGCGAAGAGUCACAGUGCCCGCUCAUCUCAGAAAGGCCGCACACCCAAGUCAUUGAUUCUGAAUUAGAAUAGAUCUAUUUUCUGUUGGAGUUUUGGUCACAGGAAGCCUAUAAUGAAUCGUCACUGUCCGAUUUGUGAAAGUGUUGCUCCAGUGAAAUGUGUUUAUAAACUUAGUGUUUUCUUCUGCCAAAGGUUGUCAUCUAUGAUUUCAAUGGCCAAGGAUUAAUGUUUGUUUUCUAUGUUUCAUUGAAACAUAAUUUAGGCACAAUAUACUCCUUUAAGUUUAGAGGGAGAUUUUACUACAAUAGUUCGUUGAUAAGAUCAACAUGGCAUCGACAAGUGAAAAUGUGUCUACUUCAGUUUUUUGUUUUUAAUGAAGACCCCUUGAUUGCAAAUUCAAUUUGGUGUGACAUGUCAGUGUGAAACUUUUGUUGGGUUUGAGUUGGACACAGAUGCUAAUUUGUGGUGUAUGACAACUGGGCACUAAGUAUUUGGUGGCGAUAGGGUUCCUGCCUACUAGCUGCGUGGCUCUAGCACUAGUCCUCUGCUCCAGUCAGGUGUUCAGUCCUGCUUGCAUGAGGCUUCUCUGACCAUAGUUGUGGGCAAAAAGGACACAGAGCCAUCCCAUUUGUUGCUCAGAGAACUGCUUGUUUGCCCCGGAAAAGGGUAAAUGUUCAAGAAUAACAACAUGCAACACUAGGCUUCCAUAUGUUUUACUUAGUUCAUGAAUUUGAGAUACUCUGUUUUUCUUUAAGGAAUCCUGUAAUAACCUUUGUUGCAGACAAAUUAAAGAAUAAAAUUAUUGAACACCU